AUGGCACGCCCAGUAAUUGCAUUGGCUCUCGUCUUCGUUGCCCUUGUUGCAGGAUUGGCACAAGCCAUUUCCCCUGCUUCAUCCCCUGAAGCAGCUAGCAUUCCAUCAGCAGACUCAAUUUCCAUUACCCCUUCUGCUUCUCAAGCUCCAGAAGCCUCGAGCCCAGUUUCAUCUUCUGAUGUGGAGGCUUCAUCUCCCCCCGCACCCGCCAGUGAGGCUAGUGCACCAAAUGCAGCUGCACCUGAGUCAACAAUUUCUGCAGCAUCUGAGGCUGGUGCACCAAAUGCUGCUUCCCCUGCUGCUGCUGCUGGUCCCGGGGUUUCAACUGCUGCCAGUGAUGACUACUACUGA